GAAACUUCAAAGGAAAAAUAACAAUGGGUGUAACAAGUGUGUUAUUAUGGAAAGAUAGUAAUGGCCAAGGAAUGAUGAAAUUUCAUGAACGAAUAACAACUACUUUACUCGGGAGUGCAAAAGACAAAUGGGCUAUACAAGUUAAAUUAUAUCGAGAUAUCAAAAGUACAGGAACUGGUAAAUUUAUGUAUACAACUGAAUUCUAUAACACCAAUAAAAUUUAUUGCUUGAUAGACGACGUAAUUGUUGAGGCUGAACGUGAAAUGGAAAACAUUCUUGAAAAAUUAAAAAAUUUAUGGCUUCUUAGACAAACCAUAGUUUAUGAUGGCAAUACAUAUAUUAUUGGCGAUUUCUUAAUUCGUGUUGCAUAUCCUAAAACCACUAAUUCUAAUUACAAAGGAAUGCUGGUGGAGGUUGAAUAUACUUCAACAAUUAAUCCUCAUGUAGCAGCACCUAUUUUACAUGAAUUUAUUGAAAUGUUAAAACCACCAGAAAUUGACAUUGUAAAAUGGGAACCUGAUGAUGAACAUUCUUUUUCAAAAAUUGGAUUAUCUGAAGAUGCUUUUACUAGAGCACAUACUGAUUAUCAAUAUAUGAUGUUAUUCAAAAUGGAAAAUUUGUUGUAAAAUUAAAAAUAAUCAUUUAAGAUAUCACUUGUUUACUAUUAUAAUUCAUACUUUUAAGAAAAAAAAAUAAAAAA